UGCACAUCAGAAGCCUCUUGAACGGUGUGUCAGCAGGCAGUUAGUUGUUUGAACUGCACACUGUUUGCCCCCUUCCUGUUUUUUUCCCUGUCUGGCCCUGGUUUAAUGUGUUAUGCUGAUCUCGUCUCUUCACAGUGAGAAACGUUCCUUUGUUGUUUAGUUUUGAUAAACUUACUUAUUGGGGUGGCAGGAAAUGGCCUUUCCGUGGGACUGGAGCCAAAUCAGGAAGCUUCAGAUUUUCUUUAUUUUUCCCAAAAAACACUUUCAGCAAAUCCCAUCCUCUCCUAUUUCGCUAUGAAAUGCACCAGCACUGUGGGCUGGAGCUGAAGACUGCAGUAGACUUUUGGGGGAGUUGAAGUGAUCCUUUUGUAAUAUAUUAAUAAUAAUAAAUAAAUAGUAAUAUUUGGAGUCGCCUUACAAGAAUUCUCUAAUUUGAUCCAGACUCGAGAUGAACCAGAAAAGGCUCAACAGAUACUCCAAAUGGGACGAGAGGAGGUCAACCGUGGUCUAUGGCCUGCGCUCCGUUGCAUUCAACAGCUUGAACAUGUUAACCCUCGGGGUAGAGUACGGAACUUGGGCCAGGGAGACGAAGAGUACUUCUGUGGACCAGGCUAGCCAGCGGGACAGACAGCGGGGUGAGGAGACCGACGGAUCGGAGGUUGUGACCGUCUCCGCGGCGGAAGGGACGCAGGUCUUGCCCGAUAAGAGGUCUCACAGCAGCUCCUUCACGCAGCGGCCUGGGACGGAUUUUCAGUCUGCGUGCGUGCAACCGGCCAACGAGGCGGGUCAAGGGAGGUUCGGUUCUGCCAUGAACCUGCCGGACAUGAUAAAGAUUCACGAGGAAUACAAAGUUCACGUCUCCGAGAUAUUUCAACCCUGGAGCAGCAGAAUGGCUCGCUUCGGAGACGACCUACCAACCCGCUAUGGAGGCGGCGGUCCGGCCGGCGCUGGGAGAGGGGGAAGCCGGCAGGGAGGCCCCCAAGUCGCGCCAAGGAUGUACAAGCAGUCGAUGGCUCAAAGGGCCAGGACUAUGGCUCUCUACAACCCCAUCCCUGUCAAACAAAACUGUUUUUCGGUUAACAGAUCCCUCUUCAUCUUUAGCGAAGACAAUAUCAUACGAAAAUAUGCCAAACGAAUAACCGAGUGGCCUCCAUUUGAAUACAUGAUUCUAGCCACAAUCAUAGCAAACUGCAUCGUCCUGGCGUUGGAACAGCACCUACCAGCAAGGGAUAAGACACCGAUGUCAGCGAGACUGGACGACACAGAACCCUACUUCAUUGGAAUAUUUUGUUUUGAAGCUGGCAUAAAGAUCAUUGCCCUGGGCUUUGCCUUUCACAAAGGCACCUACCUGCGGAAUGGCUGGAACGUCAUGGAUUUCGUAGUCGUCCUGACCGGUAUUUUGGCCACAAUCGGGGCAGACUUUGAUCUAAGGACCUUAAGAGCUGUCAGAGUGCUACGGCCGCUGAAACUCGUGUCAGGGAUUCCAAGUCUCCAGGUGGUCCUGAAGUCUAUCAUGAAGGCGAUGGUGCCCCUGCUGCAGAUCGGGAUGCUGCUCUUCUUCGCUAUCGUCAUGUUCGCCAUCAUCGGCUUGGAGUUCUACAUGGGCAAGUUCCACAAGACCUGCUUCAGCAAUGAAACAGGUGAGCAGGUGGUAGAUUACCCCUGCGGCACCGAGCCCCCUGCAAGGACCUGUCCCGUCGGCUCAGAGUGCAGGGAGUACUGGAUCGGACCCAACUUCGGCAUCACCAACUUCGACAACAUCCUGUUCGCAGUGCUCACCGUCUUCCAGUGUAUCACCAUGGAGGGCUGGGUGGAGAUCCUGUACAGUGCGAAUGACGCUGCAGGAAACACAUGGAACUGGCUGUACUUCAUCCCGCUCAUCAUCAUCGGCUCCUUUUUCAUGCUCAACCUGGUGCUGGGAGUGCUGUCCGGAGAGUUUGCUAAAGAGCGCGAGCGAGUGGAGAAGAGGAGGGAGUUCCUGAAGCUCCGCAGGCAGCAGCAGAUCGAACGAGAGCUGAACGGGUACCUGGAGUGGAUCUGCAAGGCAGAGGAAGUUAUGUUAGCUGAAGAAGAUAAGAACGCAGAGGAGAAAUCUCCCUUGGAUGUUUUGAAAAGAGCGAAAACGAAGAAGAGCAAGAACGACCUGAUCCACGCGGAGGAAGGGGAGGACCACUUCACUGACAUCACGUCCAUGGGAUCUCCGUUCGCACGAGCCAGCCUGAAGAGCGGGAAGAACGAAAGCUCCUCCUACUUCAGGCGCAAGGUGAAGAGGUUCCGAUUCUUUAUUCGCCGCAUGGUGAAGGCGCAGAGCUUCUACUGGGCAGUCCUCUGCGUGGUGGCCCUCAACACUCUCUGUGUGGCCAUCGUGCACUACGACCAGCCGCAGUGGCUCACCGACGCACUGUAUUUCGCCGAGUUUGUUUUCCUGGGGCUGUUUCUGACCGAGAUGACUUUGAAAAUGUACGGGCUGGGCCCACGGAACUACUUUCACUCCUCGUUUAACUGUUUCGAUUUUGGGGUGAUCAUAGGCAGUAUUUUUGAGGUGAUCUGGACUGCAGUGAAGCCCGGAGCUUCGUUUGGUAUUAGUGUGCUGAGAGCUCUGAGACUGCUGAGGAUUUUCAAAGUGACAAAGUACUGGAACUCUCUGCGUAACCUGGUCGUGUCUCUGCUCAACUCCAUGAAGUCCAUCAUCAGCCUGCUCUUCCUGCUCUUCCUCUUCAUCGUGGUCUUCGCUCUGCUGGGCAUGCAGCUCUUCGGCGGACAUUCCAAGACGCCGGACACGGGUUCCAACAGGUUUAAUUUCGAGGAGGAAACGCCAACAACAAAUUUCGAUACAUUUCCUGCCGCGAUUCUCACGGUCUUUCAGAUCCUGACCGGUGAGGACUGGAAUGCAGUGAUGUAUCAUGGGAUUGAAUCCCAAGGUGGCGUCCGCAAAGGAAUGUUCUCGUCCAUCUAUUUCAUCAUCCUCACCUUGUUCGGUAACUACACGCUGCUCAAUGUCUUCUUGGCCAUUGCUGUUGACAACUUGGCCAAUGCACAGGAACUAACAAAGGACGAGGAAGAACUGGAAGAGCAAACCAAUCAGAAACUUGCCCUCCAGAAGGCCAAGGAGGUAGCAGAAGUCAGCCCCAUGUCGGUCACUAACAUUUCCAUCGCAGCUUUUGUAAAGCAAACUCGAGGUGCUCUAUCUCGCAGCUCGUCCGUCUCCAGCGUUAAUUCACCCAGGGAGCAGCAGAAGGCGAUGAAGCUGAUGUCGGUGUGGGAGCAGCGCACCACGCAGAUCCGGAGGCACAACCUGCAGGCGAGCUGCGAGGCUCUGUACAACGAGCUGGACCCCGAGGAACGCAUGCGACUCUCCUCCUUGCUGCACAUCCGACCCGACAUGAAGACGCACCUGGACCGCCCCCUGGUGGUGGAGCCCCGCAACAAUGUGGGGGAGGCAGCAGAGAAACCCCCGGCCCAGGAAACCACCGACACGGCCCCCAGGAAACACCACCGCCACCGGGACAAAUCGGCCGAGCAGCAGCAGGACAAAACCGAAGUGACCAACGAGAACGGAGAGUCCAACGGGAAAGAGGGGAGGCAUCGCUCCCACCACAGCCGGAGCAAAGAACUGGAAGGCAAGGAGGGGAAGAGCGAGCGCAGCCGGAGCAGGGAAGGGGGGAAGAGGCACCACCACCAGGUCUCUGUGGAGGAGGGAGCGGAGAAGGAGCACAGGAGGCACCGGUCUCACCGGCACUCCGCCGAGCGCCAGGCCAAGGAGGGCAACGGCACCAUCAACAACGGGAAGGGAGAGAGGCGCCCCCGGCACAAGGACGGUUCUCGAUCCACCAACAAAGAGGGAGAGGCAGGAACCAAGGGGGAGAACGGGGAGCGGCCAGAGAAACGCCACAAGCACCGCUCCAAAGCCAUGUCCACUUACGAGGGGGAGGAGAGGAAGGAGAACGGGGAGAAGGAGGGAGAGGCUGGGGAGAAGGAGCGCAAGAACCACUUGCCAAAGGAGAAUCAGGCUGAGACAGAGCCAGGAACCCUGGCCUCCACACCCCUGCAAGCCCCAGGCAGCCUGAAGCCAGUGGAGGAGAAGCCAGAAGACUCGGACAACCAGAAGAAUGUGAAGCGAACGAUGCAAACGAUGGACAACACCAACACUGUGCACAUCCCCGUCACCAUCACGGCACCGCCUGGGGAGACCACCGUCAUACCCAUCAACAACAUUGAUUUCGAAACUUUGGCAAAAACUCAAGAGAAAAAGAACCUGGAAGAUCUCACCAGAAACGGACCGAAGCAAAUCCUGCCCUACAGCUCCAUGUUUGUGUUCACUCCAUCCAACCCUGUGCGGAGGCUGUGCCACUACAUUGUGAACCUGCGCUACUUCGAGAUGUGCAUCCUGGUGGUGAUCGUCAUGAGCAGCAUCGCCCUGGCAGCCGAGGAUCCAGUGGAGGCCGAGGCUCCCAGAAACAAGGUCCUCAAAUAUCUGGACUACGUUUUCACAGGAGUCUUCACGUUUGAAAUGGUGAUCAAGAUGAUCGAUUUGGGCCUGUUGCUUCACCCCGGGUCUUAUUUCCGAGACUUGUGGAACAUUCUGGAUUUCAUUGUAGUCAGUGGUGCCUUGGUAGCGUUUGCCUUUUCAGGAACCAAAGGAAAGGACCUCAACACAAUCAAAUCCCUGCGAGUACUCCGAGUCCUCCGGCCAUUGAAGACGAUCAAGCGAUUGCCCAAACUGAAGUCGGUGUUUGACUGUGUGGUAAACUCUCUGAAGAACGUGCUCAACAUCCUGAUUGUCUACAUGCUCUUCAUGUUAAUCUUCGCUGUCAUCGCCGUGCAGCUCUUCAAAGGGAAGUUCUUCUACUGCACCGACGAGUCCAAGGAGCUCGAGAAGGACUGCAGGGGUCAGUUUUUGGAUUACGAGAAGGACGAAGUGGACGCACAGCCCCGGGAGUGGAAGAAAUAUGAUUUCCAUUAUGACAACGUGUUGUGGGCCUUCCUGACGCUCUUCACUGUCUCAACGGGAGAGGGCUGGCCAACCGUCCUGAAGCACUCUGUGGAUGCCACCUAUGAAGACCAGGGUCCCAGCCCCGGCUUCCGCAUGGAGAUGUCCAUCUUCUACGUAGUCUACUUCGUGGUCUUCCCCUUCUUCUUUGUCAACAUCUUUGUGGCUUUGAUCAUCAUCACCUUUCAGGAGCAGGGUGACAAAGUGAUGUCGGAGUGCAGCCUGGAGAAGAACGAGAGGGCCUGUAUUGACUUUGCCAUGAGUGCCAGGCCUCUGACCCGCUACAUGCCCCAGAACAAGCAGGCCUUCCAGUACAAGAUGUGGAAGUUUGUGGUGUCUCCCCCCUUCGAGUAUUUCAUCAUGGCCAUGAUCGCCCUCAACACUGUGGUGCUCAUGAUGAAGUUCCACGGAGCCCCCGAUGUAUAUGAAGCCAUGCUGAAAUACCUGAACGUUGUGUUUACAGCUCUCUUCUCCUUGGAGUGUAUUCUGAAGAUCAUAGCGUUUGGUCCACUGAAUUACUUAAAGGAUGCCUGGAACGUGUUUGACUUUGUCACGGUACUGGGAAGUGUCACUGACAUUCUGGUCACCGAAAUUAAAAAUAAACUGAUCAACCUGAGUUUCCUGCGGCUGUUCCGAGCGGCGAGACUGAUCAAACUGCUCCGGCAGGGCUACACCAUCCGCAUCCUGCUGUGGACCUUCGUCCAGUCCUUCAAGGCUCUGCCCUACGUCUGCCUCCUCAUCGCCAUGCUGUUCUUCAUAUAUGCCAUCAUUGGAAUGCAAGUGUUUGGAAACAUUGCUCUGAAUGGUGAUACCUCAAUCAACCAUCACAACAACUUCCGAACUUUUUUCCAGGCUCUUAUGCUGCUGUUCAGGAGCGCUACGGGGGAGGCCUGGCACGAGAUCAUGCUGUCUUGUCUGAGUAAACGUGACUGCGACGAGCGCUCAGGGUCAGACGGUAAAGAGUGCGGCAGCGACUUCGCCUACUUCUACUUUGUGUCCUUCAUCUUCCUCUGCUCUUUCCUGAUGCUGAACCUCUUUGUCGCUGUCAUCAUGGACAACUUUGAGUACCUGACUCGAGACUCCUCCAUCCUGGGGCCUCAUCACCUGGACGAGUUCAUCCGCGUCUGGGCAGAGUACGACCCUGCAGCCUGUGGGCGCAUCACUUACCUUGAUAUGUAUGAGAUGCUGCGACACAUGUCCCCACCCUUAGGACUGGGAAAGAAAUGUCCUGCCAGAGUCGCAUACAAGCGGCUUGUGAAAAUGAACAUGCCGAUCGCCGAAGACAACACUGUGCACUUCACCUCCACACUCAUGGCCCUGAUCAGAACCGCUCUGGAGAUCAAGCUGGCCUCAGGUGUGCCGAAUCAGCACCAGAGCGACGCCGAACUGAGGAAGGAAAUCUGCACAGUCUGGCCCAAUCUUUCUCAGAAGACGCUGGAUCUGUUGGUGACUCCUCACAAGCCUAACGAACUGACUGUGGGUAAGGUCUACGCAGCCCUGAUGAUCUUUGACUACUACAAGCAGAACAGGAUCAAGCGGAUCCAGCAGCAGCAGCAGCAGCAGCAGCAGCAACAGCAACAGCAGCAGCAGUCCGCAGGGGGACUGGCCCAGAACAAGACGGGCGCCCUCUUCCAGCCCAUGUUGCCGCUCACCUUCAUGCAAGACCAGAAGCCUCCUCUGAACAACGUGAAGCCCAGCUCUGCCUCGCUCAACAACGGGGGCGCACUGCCUGGACAGGAAGGGACUAGUAAGGAACCUCCAUACUGGGUGACGGAGCGCACUCAGGAAGUGUUUCAACGGAGCAGCAAGCGUACGAUCGAGAGAGGGCACUCUGAGGACACCCCAAACAGCGCCGGUGUGCAGGAGUCAGUGGAGAUGAGGAAGAUGGACUCCUAUGGGGAUCCUCAGCCUGGGCUAGAAAGCCAGGGCCGGGCAGCCUCCAUGCCACGGCUGACAGCAGAGACACAGAGGAGCAAGUCUCGAUCCCCGGGGAGUUACCUAGCACCGAUCCCGGACUCCAGUCCAAUGAAGCGCUCCGUGUCCACGCUGACCCCACAGCGCCCCCUGGAGGUGAUCCUGCAGGAUUACUCUCUGGAGCCCACGGCCCCCGACCGGACACACCACCACCACCACCACCACCACCACCGCUGCCACCGGCGCCGAGACAAGGACAGGAAGCAGCACUCGCUCGAGAGGUCCCCCAGCCGCCAGGCUAGCAAAGACGCAGGUACGCCCGGUGACCCAGCAUCCACCACCCUGCUAGGGGAGCCUGCGUCGCGGGACAGGGGGCGCGAGAGGGGGCGGUCCCACGAGAGGAAGCAUCACUCCUCUUCCUCGGAGAAGCAGCGAUACUACUCCUGCGACCGCUACGGGAGCCGAGACCACUCCCAGCCCAAAUCCAGCAACCCGAGCCGCUCCACCUCCCCCUGUGAGGGCCAGGACAGACAGGGCAGUGGUUCAGUUAGUGGGAGCCCGGUGAUGUUGAGCUCUGGUGCGAGCACCCCUUGCCGAGGACGCAGGCAGCUGCCUCAGACGCCCCUCACCCCCCGCCCUAACGUUACCUACAAGACGGCCAGCUCCUCCCCUGUGCAGUUCAGCGCCGGCUUGCCCAACUUCUCUCCGGCCCGGCUGAGUCGAGGCUUAUCCGAGCACAACGCUUUGCUGUGCGGAGACUCCCAGAACCAAUCCCACGUCGCUGUGACCCGCAUCGGCUCCGACCCUUACCUGGGACACAGGAACGAUUCUGAUGGGCCAGAAGACAUGCUGACCUUCGAGGAUGCUCUGGCCUCCAACAUGGGACGAGCCCCCAGGACUUCUUACGCGGUCUCCACCCCAACGCAGCCCCAGCAAAGCAGGGGGGUUCCCAACGGCUACCAUUAUGCUGUGGGUGUCAACGCGGGCCCCGGCUCGGGCACUAGGGGGCGCCGGUACUAUUACGAGGCGGACCAAGAUGAUUGGUGCUAGCAUGGCUUUAAAAACAAAGCAAGGUUCUUGCAGAGUUUUAUGCAUUCAGUGAAAAAAGAAAAAUCGAUGAGUUUUAUCAUCACUCAAGGCUGUAGUUUUACACUGUUGUUGUAUGUAUGUAUGUAUGUAUGUAUGUAUGCAUCUGUUUUAAAUGAAAAUGAAGAAAGGAAAAAAAAGCAUGUUCCGAAGAAAAGAAGGAUCCAUCCUGGAUGAAGAGAUACAUUUCUGUAUUUCUAUAUAGAUAUAUAGAUAUACUGAUGUGUAUAUAUUUAUGUAAGUGCUGUGUUUUAUUCCUCUCAUGUGUCUUUGCACUGAGGCAAAAGACAUUCGAUGAUGUGGAAAGAAAUGCACGCGAUGAUUCAAAAUGCUUUUUUCUAGCCUGCUUGUGCUAAUGGUUCCAGAGAAGAAAAACUACACAAAGCAGAGCUAACCCUAAGGACAUGAACCACAGAGAGAUCACUGCAGAUUGGGUUGCAGAUUUUUUUUCUCUCUUUUCAAGAAAACAUACAGAUGAGGAAACACAUGUUUGCUGUAUUCAAAGGAGUGCAGAAGUCUUGAGAGUAACUGUUUUGAAUGGAGCCAGUCAUCAAAUAGCUGAUAAUGCACUACCAUGUUUUCUCUGCUUACCUACAUAGUGUUUUACCCUUUAUAUAAAAGAGCUACGUUGUCCUCCCUAUCCAGUAGGGAGUUCUGCUGAAAUGGGAGACUUUACUAUGGUUAUAUUUCAAGAAAUGUUGUUGAUGUGCUGCUUUGCAAACAUCAUCACUAUUUGACUUGCAGUAAAAAAAAAAAGAAAAAAAAGGAAUUUGUUUUAUAUCAAGCUAUGGUAGAACUUUUCUCUUUUCAGUGUGUGCAUUUUUGUAAACUGUAUUAAAACAAAAAAACAGACAGCGUUUUAUGUAAAUGGCUUUAGUUGUCGAGUUAGGUUUACUAUUUCUGACUGACUACUCCAAUUGUUGACUACCAAGUGCCUGACCCUUUAAAAAUAUCUCACAGUAAUGAUGCAAACCACUUUCUUCAGUGCAUCAGAGCUCAAGAGUGGGGAACCUGGAAGGUGUGUGUGUGUAUAUAUAUAUAUAUAUAUAUAUACCGCUAUAUUAAUAUAUAUGUAUAAGAAAAUAGAUAUUUCAAGUCAAUUUGGUUAAUAUACUAACCUGGUUAGAACCUAGCAAUUAUUUGUUGCAAAACAGAAAGCCGUUGGAGAUAACAGAAAGACUUGUAUUUGUUUGUGUGGGUGAAUGAUUAAAAAGGAGGCUUGUGAAUUUUGUACUGCUGGAUGGGGGACAGAGUUUCCCAGAACCUACUGUAAUUGCUGUAGCAGUGCAGCCCAGCGGAGGCUGUUAACAGAAACAUGAACACAGCUGCAUGUUCAAGUCUGUAACUUGAUGUGAAAGGUUAUGAACACAGUGUCGCAAGGUGUAUAUUUUUGUUUGAGAAAGCAUUGCUGUUGACUUUUAUUUGAAUGCAGUCCUGCUGAAGGGACGCAAGGACGCAACAGUGCGCUCUUCGAGUGAAGUGCGGUCUAAAGUUUGUUUGAGGUCCAGAGUGUUGGAGGCUGUGCAACAAGACGGCAGUCUGAAAUGAACUUCAGCUGUUCUGUAGCUUUGCCUGCUGGAUCACCCUGUUUCAGGCUUCAGCAUGGUUGUGACCAAAUAUUUCGUAAAGAAAAAAAAAAGUUUCCUUAAAUAAAGGCACAAUGUUUAUUUGAAAACAAAUUUUGGAAAAAAAAACAAAACAAACAACCACGCGCCAUUUCAAAACGUUCAGCCAGUUGACAGCAGUACGGCUGAUACACGCAUGCAUCUGUUGUACUCAACUCAAAAGCGAAAGAGAAUGUGUUUGUUUUUAUUGUAUUAAUUAUGUUGUGUGUGUACCCCGAUAUGUAAUACCACUGGGUGGUUUGUAAGCCCAGGGUGUGAACUGCUUGCCCGCCCUGUGUGAGGGCGGUCGUGUUUUCUUGUAGCAGACAAACGGGAACAAUUCUUGUACAUGCAUACUUAUCUAUUUCUAUUUGACCCAUUUCAGAGCCCCUUUUUGUCACAGUGGGGCGGCUUUGACCAAAAACUACCCCCAUCCCUCCACAACAUCCCUCCCUUUUCCGUGCAGCCUUUUUCAGAUACAAUUGUAUCUACCCCCUCCAAAUUCCUUACAGUCGGUUUGCCAAACUUCAACUGUACCAAUCAAUUUCUGCAUAUUAAUACCAGUUUAAUAGUGGCUGUACUCUUUGCAUAAGUAAUGUUUGCAUGUUAUAUUACAAAAAAAGAAGGUAUGUGCAUGGAAAUAUAUUGUUUAUCUUCGUAUUUUUUUGAUACGCUGUAUUCAUCGGGUGUUCAUUUUUAUUGAUCUUUGAUAUAAAUUGGAGGUUUGUGGCAAAACUUUAUAUUAAAAAAACACACACACAAAAAAAAACCAGUGUUGGAAAAUUAUUAAAAGUUCCAACCAUGCAAGCAACUGGAACAAAA